CUGAUGAAUUUGUAAUUAGGUGCGAGUGCUGACGACCUUGCCGCGCUCGCUCAUUCGAGCCAUGUUUUAGGACAUAAACGCUCACACCGACCACAUAUUAUUUGGCUCUCUUUGUGUGAAUCCCAAUUGCCACUCUUUUGUCACAUCAGUUUAGUUUGCACCUCGGCUUAGUCAGGAGGCUUAUUUACUCAUCGAGCCGCUCUUCAAGAGCAAGAACGUACUUCAACUGACGGAACUACUUCAUUUCUGCAUAGUGUAACAAGACAAAUUGAAGAGAGGACGACAGACACGCAAGAAAACCAAACGCGGGUCAGUGUGUCUUGCCCGCCGCCUGAGAAAGGAUCAAGAUAAUCAAUGAUGCGCAGCAUUUUCUUCGUGCCGCUUUUCCUGCUCCUGGUCUCGCCGACGGAACAGCAAUUAGUACAAAUAUUCGAACUAGUUGGUGAUGUUGCAAACUCUGUGCUGCGGACAACAUUGAUGGCCGACGAUGACUCACCGGACGUCGUUCGAAUGCACCCGGACGUUGGCAGACCCACGCCUGAUAUGAUUGUGCGCCAGGGGUACAAAGCAGAAACGCAUCAAGUUACGACAGAGGAUGGCUAUGUUUUGCAAAUGCAUCGCAUUCCCAGUAAUUCUCCGGGUGGUGAGCCCGUUUUCCUGCAGCACGGACUCCUUAGCAGUUCCGCUGACUGGGUUGAACUCGGCCCUGAAAGCGGACUUGCAUACAUUCUGAACGAACAAGGGUAUGAUGUGUGGAUGGGAAAUGCCAGAGGCAACACCUAUUCGCGAAACCACGUCUCGCUAAGCCCGGCCAGCUCAAAAUUUUGGCAAUACACUUUCAACGAGUGCGGGAUGUUCGACUUGCCGGCCGAGAUUGAUUAUGUGCUGGAGACGACCAACUACACGCAACUGACUUAUAUAGGACACUCGAUGGGAACAACCAUGUUUUGGGUUUUGGCAUCCACCCGUCCCGAGUACAACGCCAAAAUCAAACAAAUGCACGCUCUCAGUCCGGUCGCCUUCAUGAAAAACGUCAAAACGCCUAUCAGACUGAUCACACCUUUCGCUUCUAUCGGAGGCUGGUUCACGUCCAUGAUUGGAGUCAACGAGUUCGCGCCGUCUAACUUCUUCACCGAGUACAUCGGGCGCCGACUGUGCAGGGACGGCGCCGUCACGCAGUCAGUCUGCAGCAAUAUUACGUUUCUCCUCUUCGGCUUCAAUUCGCGACAACUCAAUGAGACUGCACUUCCGGUUAUCUACAGCCACACGCCAGCCGGAGUCUCGACAAAAACGCUCCUGCACUUUUCUCAACUUAUUAAUUCCGAUCGAUUUUGCAAGUACGACCAUGGCUCGAAGGCUAAUAUGCAAGAGUACAAGACGGCGUACCCUCCUGACUACCAGCUAGAGCGCAUCACGGCGCCCGUCUAUUUGCACUAUAGCUCCAACGACUGGAUGUCGGAACUAAUUGACGUAGUGAAGCUGUGCAAAAGCUUAAAGAAUUGCAGGGGAAUGUACAAGGUGCCUUUGGAAGAGUUCAACCAUCUCGAUUUUCUCUGGGCCAUUGAUGUGCGGCAUCUCCUUUACAAUCGAGUGCUUCGGCAAAUGACAUGGGAAUGAUAAAAAAUUGACUAACUAAAAUUAUCUGAAAUAAGAAUAAACU